CGCACACAUACACACACACAUACUGGAGAGUCAGGCGCACUCGUUCCUGCCAGGAAGUUGAUAGUUUUCGGGAAAAAACAAAAAGACGAAACAGUCAUAGUAAAGGUAUCUCGAAUCGACUAGUUUGUUAAACGUGAAGGGAUCCGGGCAGUAAAUGCAGGAUUAUGGACUAAUGGAGGAUUAGUCGAUGGAGACUCACAGAAGUUUUGGGCUCGUCCGGGUCCUGCUGCUGCUGUCGGGCAUUACACGCGCUACGGGCAGAGAAGUAUGUCUCGGGACAGAUAUGAAGUUGGCAUUACCCUUUAGUCAUGAAAAUCACUAUGAGAUGCUCAAACUUCUGUACGACGGGUGCCAGGUGGUUCAUGGUAACCUGGAGAUCACACACCUGCAGGGCCACCAAGAUCUCUCCUUCCUGCAGGAUAUAGUGGAGGUGCAGGGUUAUGUGCUGAUAGCUCAUGUCUCAGUGCCUUUGGUUCCUCUGGACAGUCUACGGAUCAUUCGAGGCAGUCAGCUCUAUAACUCCAGUUAUGCUCUCGCGGUGCAGGACAACAUUUACCACAGGCAGACAGAAUUGGGUUUAAGAGAACUUCGCCUCAGCAGUCUAACCGAAAUCCUGCUUGGUGGGGUAUAUAUUUCGGAAAACCCUCAACUUUGCUUCCCUCAGAAUAUUAACUGGAUAGACACUGUUUAUAAUGGUCAUAGCAAACCACUGCACUUGCAAAGUCUCCCAAAGCACUGUCCUAGUUGUUCCUCAGCCUGUCUGCCUGGUGGAUGUUGGGGAAAAACGGAUAAAGACUGCCAAACAUUGACCUUUGUUCAUUGUUCAUCUGGCUGUUUGCGCUGUAAGGGUCAGAAGCCCAGUGAUUGCUGUCAUGGGCAGUGUGCUGCUGGGUGCAUUGGGCCAAAAGAUUCUGACUGUCUGGCCUGUCGUCACUUUAAUGACAGUGGGAUAUGUAAAGAAAAUUGCCCACUACCCACCAUCUACGACCCGAUCACUUUCCAGUCCAAACCUAACAAGGACAAAAGGUUCAGCUUUGGAGCCUCCUGUGUAAAACAGUGCCCACGUAACUACUUGGCCAUGGAGGUGGCGUGUACCAUGGUUUGUCCCAAAGCUAAUCAGGAGGUCAUCACUGUCCAACCAGACGGUCAAGAAACACAGAAAUGUGAAAAGUGCGAAGGAGAGUGUCCUAAAGUUUGUUAUGGUCUAGGCAUGGGAGACCUGCAGAACGUUUCAGUGGUGAACGUCACCAACAUUGACUUAUUCAGUGGCUGUAAGAAGAUCUAUGGCAGUUUGGUGUUUCUCGCAGAUUCCUUUAAAAUGAAUCCCGAAACCAAUUCAUCUGGACUGCAGCAGAGUGACCUGGAACGCUUGAAGUCGAUAGAAGAGAUCACAGGUUAUCUUUACAUUGACACCUGGCCUGAAUAUUUGCCUGAUCUGAGUGUUUUUGAGAACUUGAGGGUGAUCAGAGGAAAGAUGCUUUACAAGGGUGUUUUGUCUUUGGGAAUUCAGUCGUUGCAGAUUGAGUCUCUCGGGCUGCGUUCCCUGCGCAGCGUCAGCGGAGGUUUAGUUCUGAUUCAUAAUAACUCCAGACUGUGCUACAACUCCUCUAAGGCCUUGUCAUCUCUGCUCGUACCAACACAGGAACCCAAUUUCAUCAUUAACAACAACCGAGACCUAGACGCAUGUGUUUCGGAGGGGAAAGUGUGUGACCCCCUGUGUGCGGAUACAGGCUGCUGGGGUCCGGGACCCAGUCAGUGUGUGUCUUGUGUGAACUACAAGCGUGGUACAGAGUGUGUGGAGCAGUGUAAUGUCUUACAGGGGUCAAUGCGGGAGUUCGUGGACGGUACAAACUGUAUCUCUUGCCACCCUGAGUGUCGACCCAUCAAUGGCUCUGCCUCCUGUAUAGGCCCAGGUGCAGAUCAGUGUAGGGAGUGUGCGCACUAUCAGGAUGGUGAUUUGUGUGUCGAGCGUUGUCCCAGCGGGGUGAAAGAAGACCAGCACACCAUCUGGAAAUACUUCAAUGCCACAAAACACUGUCUUCCCUGUGAAACCAACUGCACUGUCUCAUGUCCACUGGAUGAACGAGGCUGUCCCAUCCAACAAAAAGCUGGGCCUGGAACAACAAUUGCCAUCACCAUCGGUGGAUUGUUUCUUUUCUUUAUUCUGGUGGCGCUGCUGGUGUUUUACCUUCGACGACAAAAACAGCAGAAGAGAAAAGAAACGAUGAGGAGAAUUCUGCAGGAGCAUGAGCUGGUGGAGCCACUGACCCCGAGUGGAGCGAUGCCCAAUCAGGCUCAGAUGCGGAUCCUUAAAGAAACAGAACUGAAAAAACUCAGAGUGCUGGGAUCUGGAGCCUUUGGCACGGUCUACAAGGGCAUCUGGGCUCCUGAUGGGGAGAAUGUAAAGAUCCCUGUGGCCAUUAAAGUUUUGCGUGAGAACACGUCACCCAAAGCCAACAAAGAAAUCCUGGACGAGGCGUAUGUGAUGGCAGGUGUUGCCAGUCCGCAUGUGUGCCGUUUGUUGGGUAUCUGUCUCACCUCCACGGUUCAGUUGGUUACUCAGCUCAUGCCAUACGGAUGCUUGCUGGAUUACGUCAGAGAGAACAAAGACCACAUCGGCUCUCAGUAUCUCCUCAACUGGUGUGUCCAGAUCGCUAAGGGCAUGAGUUACCUUGAAGAUGUGAGGCUGGUGCACCGAGACCUUGCAGCUCGAAAUGUUCUGGUAAAAAACCCAAACCAUGUGAAGAUUACAGACUUUGGUUUGGCCAGACUGCUAGACAUAGACGAGACGGAAUACCACGCAGACGGGGGAAAGGUGCCAAUCAAAUGGAUGGCACUGGAGUCCAUAUUACACAGAAAGUUCACUCACCAAAGUGACGUAUGGAGUUACGGGGUGACUGUAUGGGAACUGAUGACCUUUGGCAUGAAACCAUAUGACCACAUACCGGCACGGGACAUUCCAGAACUGCUGGAAGGGGGGGAGAGACUCCCUCAGCCCUUCAUCUGCACCAUAGAUGUCUACAUGAUCAUGGUCAAAUGCUGGAUGAUUGAUCCAGACAGUCGACCACGAUUCAAGGAGCUUGUGACCGAGUUCGCCAAUAUGGCACGUGAUCCUCCGCGUUACGUAGUCAUUCAAAACGACGAGCAGAUGAGUUUGUCGAGUCCAGUAGACAGCGCCUUCUUCAGGGCGUUAUUGGCAGAAGAGGGGGGGAAUGUAAAGGAGUUCCUGGACGCGGAGGAAUAUCUGGUGCCCCAGCCUGGUCCCUUCAAUAUACAAGGAGAAAGCAGACCCAAUGGACCUAGCAGACGUCAAUCACACCGGAGUACAGAUCAGAUCUUAGAAACAGACGGUAUGCCAAGCGGCAGGGGUUUGUACUCCUCUGUCAGCACGCUGGGGCAGAGUCAGUACCCGACUCUUCCUAUGGGAGCAACGGCCAACGGGAUGUGGCCAGGAGCACAGUACCCCGCACUAGUACGGAGCAUAUCACACCGUUCAGCUGGGGGCCAAUCAGACUCUGUGUUUCUGGAUGGGGACAUAGAGGAAGACGGUCCUCCGUCCAGUCCUGGACGCUACUCUAAAGAUCCCACCAUGCCUAAUGGCAUCGAUGGAGAUGUGGAGUGCGAUGGCCUGCUUGAUUUCUCAUCUUACACGCUUCCACGUGGAGCACACACACAACCCGAGUAUGUGAACCAGGAUGUCCCAUCAGAGCGUCCCAGCACCCUUCCACGCAAAGCAAGAGAGAGACGGAUUAUGAACGGUCUGUGUACAGGGCACAGUGUGGAGAACCCAGAGUAUCUGGUGCCCAUAAACAACAUCACGCCAAUGUCGCCAGCCUUCGACAACCCCUACUAUCAUGAUAUUGCAGCUAAAGCAGUGACUGGAGCGUCAAUAAAUGGCGGCACAGAUCACAGGCAGCCAAAUGGCUACAUGACCCCGACAGCAGAAAACCCAGAAUACCUGGGUUUAGCAGACACUUGGACUCAAAUGGAGUAUGCUUGAGAGGAGUAAUACAGAGAUGAAUGUGUUGAGCGAAUGAAUGUUUCUUGAAUUAUGACCUUUUUUAAAUCUCCACAAAACCCAUGUAGCAUUCUGUUGUAUUUUUGAACUUGAAGAUGGAUGCACUUCCGGUCUUUGCCAAAACAAAAAUCUACGUUGGAAAUGUAUCUGACUUAAACCACGGUACAAAUGAUGAAUAACACUGGAGCGGACGAAAUGUCUUGGAUUCUUUUUGUAUUUUCAUUUUUGGUCAUCUCACAAAAACAUUGUCACACCUCUUUCUGGAGUUUCAAUUCUGAGCAUGGACCGUACACACGUUGGUUUACAGACGGUUGGACGGAGUGAAAGCAGAUCUGUUGUGUGUGUGUAAAGGCCCUGGGUGAGCAGCUAGGCUUAAAUGCCAAUUAUAGCCACUGGAAAUGGUGCAUUGUGUGUGCAACUAUGAAGAUUUAACAUUUCUUCUCUGUGAUAUAUAUAAAUAUAAAUAUACUUUAUGUGUUUUCACACUACAUUUUUUUUACGUUUGAGUAAUAAUAAAAAUCAAUCAUCUUUAUGGGCCUACAUGUAUAGUAAGGGCAAAAUUUGCCAAAGAAAUGACUUGGUCUUAUUUUACCCCAAAAUCUUUUCAUCCUAAAAUUUUUUUUUAUUCAUAUUGAAAAGGAAAUCCCAAAAUGUAUAGACGGUUUCAGCAGUAACAACAUAAACAAGCGGCGUCCGUGGUCCACACGUAACUUCCGGUAAAUUCCGCUAAGAAUAAAUAACAACAAAGUACUUUCAACGUAGUUUAUUUAUAUAACAAGCAAAAUAAACAACACGUAGAUUAACUAGGAAACCAAAACAUCUGUUAUUUUUGACGAGGUAUUUGUUGAAGAGUUCAGUUUAGCAACUAGUCAGACCAUUUAAAAAACUUAAACCGGAAGUAAAGUUCGGACCACAUCGCGUCACUGCACGUGCGUCCGAUAAAACCGUCUAUAUUUCGAAAAUGGAAAAGAGAGCAAAGACAUUUUUGUGUCAUUAUUUUGUUAUUUGUGAUAUAACUUACAUUUCCUUCUAAAGUUUCAUUCUCAUUAUGCAUCAGCUGUUUUACGUUAAGAUUUCGUAGGAUUUAUUUUAAAGGAAAACACCACCGUUUUUCAAUAUUUUACUAUUUUCCUACCUCAACUUGGACAAAUUAAUACAUACCUAUCUUUUUAAAUGCGUGCACUUAAUGUGGUAAAUAUGUUAGCAUUUAGCCUAGCCCCAUUCAUUCCUAAGGAUCCAAACAGUGAAGAAUUUAGAAGCCACCAAACACUUCCAUGUUUUCCCUAUUUAAAGAUGGUAACAUGAGUAGUUACACAAGCAAGUAUGGUGGCACAAAAUAAAAGUGGCGACUUUUUUAAGCAGAUAAAAAUCCCUGUUUGGAUCCUAAGGAAUGUAUGGGGCUAGGAUAAAUCGUAACACAUUCAAGACGCACUGUACAAAAAUUAAGUGCACACAUUGAAAAAUGAAAGGUAUGUAUUAAUUUGUCUAAGUUGGGGUAAGAACAUAGUAAAAUAUUGAAAAACGGUGGUGUAUUGAUUUUCUUAAGGUUUUUGAUAAAAACAGUAGUUUCUACUGUGUAAAAAUGUAUUGUAAUAAGUUUUAUUUAAAUUGGCACAAAUUUAAAGCUGUACCAAAAAAUACUACAUCAUGUUUAAAUACUUUUUUUAUUUACUUGACAGAAAUGAGAAUUUGAUUAGAAAUGUAUUAAAAUAAUGUCACAACCUAAACAGCAGAAAACUUUGGGAAGGAUCCGUACCGGAUCUGUAUCAAAGUCUGCAGCUCAGGUGUGUAUUUGGCCCACAGUCGUUUGCUGGGAAUGCAAAAAUAAUUAUAAUAGGCUGCUUUUCCUUGUGAUUUUUAUAAGAAAUCUGGUUUUGGGGUGAAAUUCAACCUGGAUAUUUCAGGAAUAAGAGUUUUUAUUAGAUUCACCUGACGAUGUUUAUCGCCUCAUGUGUAUAUUUGUAUUCUUUUUAAUGUAAAAAAUCUUUCAAGGCAAUCUAGAGACGUUUUAGUCUAAGUGGGUUUCUUCUUUGCAGUAAUGUAUACAACAUGGUAUUAAUUAAUGUACAGGGGUGCUUUUAGACUAAUUCCUAAUGUCGCAACAAGGAGGAUUAAUUGAAACCUUUUUUAUUUUUAUUUUUGUUGACAGCGGGGUGUUUAACCUCAAUUUUGAUCAUUUACUUUGUUUGUUUUUAUAAUUUAAUGAAGCACCUCCUACUUAUUUAAAUUGUGUCACAUAAACACAUAGGGUUAUAUGGCAUAAAAAUACCAGUCAUUCAGCGCACACUUGUAAAGCAAGUUUUAUAAGAAACAAACCAGCAACAUAGCUGCAUGUCUUUUGUCCCUUCAAAGUGCAUCAUUUAUGCUGUUUGGAGCACACUGAGAGACUCCUAAAACUGAAGCCAGUGUUGUGGAGUAAAGACUUCACAUUUAAGAAUGCGAUCUGAUUUCCAUAUAUUAGCAGCUGUGGCCUCUGGGUGGAUGAACGGCCCUUCAAUGCCGCCAUUGUUCCAAAUUACAACGUGAGCCCUUUGUUAACUCCAGCGUCCAGUUAAUGUGUCACUUCUUUAAAACUUUAAUGUGUUAUUUGAUACGUCAUUACACAUGGGGGAUUUUUAUACAUUAUUCAGUCAUCAUCACAACUAGAUCAUAGCAUCUUGAUAUUCUUGAUGUUAUUUUAUUUUAUCUGUCUGGCUUUUGCUUCAUUUUUAUAGUUGCAGUACUAACUUGAAUAUGAAUAUUUAAAUAUUGCAUUAAGAAUGUUUAAAAUUACGAGUCACUGAUGAAUGUUAAUUAAAUUGUGGCGUGAAAAAAUGAAAUGCACGCUUAUGGUACUGCAGAGUAUUUUGAUGUUAGCCCAAACAAUGACAUGAUUGUAUUUCACAAUAAGGAAUGGGGGGAAACUGGGACUUUUUGCUUUGUUGUUAUCCAUAACCAACCUUUCGAAUGUCUAUGCUGUUAGUCCACUUUGAUAAAUUCAUCAGAAUGAAUAGAAAAUCACAGUUUACCUUAAAUACAGUGUGUCAUUUCUGAACUGCUCGAGGAAUCAAAUGAAAUUCCAGUCUGUUGGAAUGAACUGAGACGCCAACAUUGUCUCAACCAGUAAUGUGAUUUUGGGAUGGGACUUUAAAAGCAAUCAUUAUUAUUUUAGCAAUUCCAUUUGGUGAUGCAGAAAUCUAUUUGAUCCCUUUGUUACCUUUUUUGGUAUGCAAUUCUCUGCUUGCAGGAUGUGUAAGAUAAAUGUUUUUCUUAAUACUAUUUUGUACUUCAGUUUCAGGCCCAAUGUCAUAAACCAGUGCAGUGAUGUCAGCAGUAUCCAAUACUAGAAGUCUAUGCAAGCACAUUGAAGGAAUUGUAAAAUCUGUCAUGACCAUGAUUUGAGCAGUAAUUGUACAUUUGGAAUGUUUUAUAUGUACUUUUUAUAUGCAAAUUGUCCAGAUCUAUCAUUAUAUUGUAGACUCGAGUUAAUGUAAUAUUGCUAUUCUUCCUGUGAGCCAUUAAAGUGUAAAUAUACUUUAUGAAAUCUUUAUGAAUCUUGGUACACUGCCUACCCUAAAGCAGUGGUUCUCAAACUGGGGUCCGGGGCCCCCAGGGGGCGGCGAGAUGGUGCCAGGGGGGCCUCGGUUUUAUGACAUUUUAUAAAAUACAUUAAUUUAUCAUGAAUUCUGUGUAAUUAAACCUAAAAAAAUAAGGCUAC